AUGUCCGUUACUGCGACUCCCUCCAAGAAGGUUGCCGAGAGCUUCUCCAAGAUUGACGUGGGCGCGUCGCCGACCAAGAACGCUGCCAAGCCCGUCGCCAAGGAAGAGGAGGAGGAAGACAAGAGUGCCCAGCCCGACCAUGUCUACGGCAAGUUUGUGGGCGAGGUCGACCUGCCCGAGGAGGAGGAGCCUCUUCUGAUUGAGAACAACCGCCGCUUUGUGCUCUUCCCCAUCCGCUACCACGAGAUCUGGCAGAUGUACAAGAAGGCCGAGGCCUCGUUCUGGACCGCCGAGGAGAUUGACCUCUCCAAGGACCUGCACGACUGGGACAACCGCAUGACGGACAACGAGCGUCACUUUGUGAGCCACGUCCUUGCGUUCUUUGCCGCGUCGGACGGUAUCGUGAACGAGAACCUCCUCGAGCGCUUCUCGUCCGAGGUGCAGGCCGCCGAGGCCCGCUGCUUCUACGGUUUCCAGAUCAUGAUGGAGAACAUCCACUCGGAGACCUACUCGCUCCUGAUCGACACCUACAUCCGCGAGCCCGACCAACGCGACUUCCUCUUCAACGCCAUCGAGACCAUCCCCGUGGUGAAGCAAAAGGCCGAGUGGGCGCUGCGCUGGAUCAACGACCGCCGCGCCUCGUUCUCGGAGCGCCUCGUGGCCUUUGCCGCGGUCGAGGGCAUCUUCUUCUCGGGCUCCUUUGCCUCGAUCUUUUGGCUGAAGAAGCGCGGCCUGAUGCCGGGUCUCGCCUUCUCGAACGAGCUCAUCUCGCGUGACGAGGGUCUGCACACCGACUUUGCGUGCCUGCUCUUUGGCCACCUCAAGAAGCGCGCGCACCCCGACACCGUGAACAAGAUCAUCACCGAGGCCGUCUCGAUCGAGCAAGACUUUUUGACGGAUGCGCUCCCGGUGUCGCUCAUUGGCAUGAACGCCCGUCUGAUGUGCCAGUACAUUGAGUUUGUUGCGGACCGCCUGCUUGUCGCGCUCGGCAACUCGAAGCACUACAACUCGACGAACCCCUUCGACUUUAUGGAGAACAUCUCGCUCCAGGGCAAGUCGAACUUUUUCGAGCGCAAGGUCGCCGACUACGCCAAGGCGGGUGUCGCGCGCCCGGACGACGACGAGGCGGUGCCCAAGUCGGGCAACGCACACGGCUUCUCGCUCGAGGAGGACUUUUAA